AUGUCCAGGUACUUGAGGACCUUUUCCCGGGCAUCUUCAAGGGCACCUGUCACCUCGUCCUGCACUUUGGUGAAGGGGGUGAUGUCCAGCUUCAUGGCAUCCAGCUGCUUGCGCUCACCCGUGGACCAGUCUGACGCAAAGUCAAGAAUGUGCUCUGCCGUGUUAUUGAAGAACUUCACAGGGCCCUCCAGUGUAUCAUCGACCAGUUGGGGGGCGACCUCCAGCAGGAGCUUGGCGCCGAAUAUCACGAGAAAGGCCAUCGCACCGCUCCAAAGCAAGGCAUACAUGAUCCACAUCCAGAUACAGCAGCGUGCGCUCUCCGCGUUGUACCUCGAUUUUUGCUUGCAGCAGCAACUGCGACAGCAAAGCGUGCACAAGAAGACAAGCGGGAAGCUCACCAGGGUGAUCAGGAGGAUCACGGCGUUGGCGGCGGGAAGCAGCAUUGCGCGCCACUGCCCCUUGGCGCGAUCGAUGCUUUUCAAGCACGUCAAGACAUCGUUUUCAUGGCUGGGACCCUCCCACACGGUUUGA